AUGGCGGCCCCAAGAAGUGUACAGCGGUUACAGCAGACACUGUCGCACGUACAGCCUCCUGUUAGUCCACAGCUGUCUCUUGUCGCAGGCCCGACGGAGCCACAGCUGCUGGAUAUUACCUUGGGCGAGCUGUUGACACUUCAAGCACUGCAAUAUGGAAGAAUUGAGUGCUUGGUCUUCCCCUGGACCGGUGCACGAUGGACGUACGGCCAACUGAAAGAUGAGGCCGAUCGUCUAUCUCGGGGAAUGUUGGCUUCCGGUAUUCAAAAAGGUGAUCGCAUCGGAAUUAUGGCAGGCAAUUGUGAGCAAUAUAUCUCGGUGUUCUUUGCGGCCGCACGAGUUGGGGCUAUCUUGGUCGUUUUGAACAACACGUACACCCCCUCCGAGCUGUAUUACGCUCUAAAUCACAGUGAAUGCCGAAUGCUUUUCAUGACACCACGCAUUGGACGUCAUAAUCUCGAGGAAGUCCUUGCCAAACUCGGCCCUAAUCCUAAAAAAGCAGCAACCUCCGAAUCAUUGGAGGAAAUCGUCAUUCUCCGCGAAAGCUACAACGACUUCCCCACCUAUCAGGAUGUCAUGGAACGCGGUCUGUCGCAGGCUGCACAUGUGCUCCAGGACCGCGAGGCUGAGUUACGGCCAGAUGAUGUGUGCAAUCUGCAAUUCACAAGCGGUUCAACAGGCAGUCCCAAAGCUGCAAUGCUGACACAUCACAAUUUGGUUAAUAACUCGCGGUUCAUUGGUGAUCGCAUGAACCUCACCUCUUUUGAUGUUUUGUGCUGCCCGCCGCCCUUGUUCCACUGCUUCGGGCUGGUCCUGGGUAUGCUUGCUGUGGUCACCCAUGGCUCCAAGAUUGUCUUCCCCAGCGAAACCUUCGAUCCCAAGGCGGUUCUACAUGCCAUCUCCGACGAGAAGUGCACUGCUCUACACGGUGUUCCAACCAUGUUUGAGGCGAUUCUUGCUGUCCCCAAGCCCUCGGAUUUUGAUACCUCAAACCUCCGCACAGGCAUCAUUGCUGGGGCCCCAGUUCCACGGCCACUUAUGAAGCGGCUCUUUGCAGAGUUGAAUAUGACUGAAUAUACUAGUAGCUAUGGUCUCACGGAGGCCUCGCCGACUUGCUUUAAUGCUUUCACCACGGACAGCAUCCACACAAGAUUGACCACCGUCGGAAAGGUUUUGCCCCACGCUCGCGCGAAAAUUAUCGAUGCAGAGGGAAACAUCGUUCCCGUUGGUCAGCGUGGUGAGCUUUGCAUGGCCGGCUACCAGCUUACCAAGGGAUACUGGCAUAAUCCGGAGAAGACGGCAGAGACAUUUAUAACCGAUGCCGAGGGUGUCAAAUGGCUGAAGACUGGUGACGAAGCUUCCUUUAACGCCGAAGGGUACUGCACUAUCACCGGUCGCUUCAAGGACAUCAUUAUUCGUGGCGGCGAAAACAUAUACCCUCUCGAAAUUGAGGAACGACUGACUGCACAUCCCUCGAUUGAGUUGGCAUCUGUGAUUGGUAUUGCCGACCCCAAAUAUGGCGAGGUUGUCGGAGCAUUUAUCGCAAUCGCUUCGGGCGCCGGUCGUCCGACCGACGAUGAACUGCGCGCAUGGACACGUGAGACAUUGGGUCGACACAAAGCCCCGCAGCAUGUGUUUGUAUUUGGAGAAGAGGGGGCUUCAAGCACGGUUCCUGUGACGGGGAGCGGCAAAGUCCGCAAAGUGGAGCUCCGGCAAAUGGCGAUGGCGGUGCUGACCGAACGCCAGAAGGCAUGA